UGAAUAAUCCAGCUUAUCCAAAUUACAAACAGACUUCAUUGUCGCGGUUUAUUUCCGCGUUAGCACAUUAUAUCUUCCUGGUCGAGUCCAGGUCUUCCACACACGCCCAUCAUGCAUCAAAACGUGGACCACCAUAAAUCAGCCCAUUCACUUGGGCUGGCUCCUGUGCCAGCAGACACACCCCCAGUUGUGUCCGAGGCCCCCAGCGAGACGCAUUGCGCAAAUGACCCUCAAUAUGUCCAUGGAACCAGUUCCUCGGAAGGAGAACCAACGGGGUUGUCCAAGAGGGGCACGGCCAUCGUCAUUACAUGCAUCACAUACAGCACUGGGAUUUCCACAUUCCUCGCUGGCGUGGUGACGAUGGCCAUCCCAACCAUCACCGUCGAUUUGGAUUUGCCUCCUAGUCUAGAACUAUGGCCCGUCACCGUCUUCUCGCUGACGUGUGGAUGCACGCUUUUGAUAUGCGGCUCGAUCUCGGAUGUCGUGGGAAGCCGUCUGACCUUCCUUGUUGGCUGCUUCCUUCAAUGCGUAUUUACACUCGCAUGUGGUCUAUCCCAGACUGGGGCCCAGAUGAUCGUAUUCCGUGCGUUUUCUGGAGUCGCUUCCUCGUUUUGUCUACCGUCAGCCGUCAGCUUAAUCAACCAAGUCUUUCCCCCAGGCAAGCCGCGUAAUAUCGCUUUUGCUUCCAUGGGCGGCGCACAGCCGAUCGGGUUCGGUAUAGGAUUGGUGCUAGGUGGGAUUAUCACCGGGACGAUUGGCUGGGACUGGGGAUUCUACAUUGCGGCUAUAUCGAACUUUGUGAUGCUCAUUGUAACAGCCUGGCAGCUGCCGAAACAAGCCCACCAGUCUUCGCAAGAGGUGUGGCAGCGUCUCAAGCACGAUAUCGACUGGAUUGGGGUGAUUCUCGCGAGUGCUUCCCUUGCAUUGCUAUCUUACAUUCUUGCUGUCAUCACCGGCGGUCCAGGGGACAUUAAACUGCCACAGAAUAUCGUCCUUCUAGUCCUCUCAUUCGUCUUGAUGGUAACUUUCGUGUUCUGGGUUGGCCGUCAGGAACGACUGAAUCGACCGGCCUUGAUCCCAAACUCACUGUGGAGGCAUAAAGUUUUCUCGUGCAUAUGCAUCAAUGUGUUCUGCAUCUGGGCUGGCUUCAACGCCUUCGAACAGUACCAGAAUUUCUUCUUUCAGGAAGUGCAGGGCAUCAGCCCCCUGGGCGCUGCUGUUCGUUUUCUCCCAGCGCCCAUUGCAGGCGCGCUGACCAACGUCGUGGUGGGCCUGAUUGUGCACCGCGUGAGAGCUGAUUGGAUUGUCAUCAUGACCACGAUCCCAUGUACGAUUGCAUCGAUACUCAUGGCAGUGGCUAAGCCGGAGUGGUCCUACUGGGCGUGUGCAUUCAUCGCCAACUUCCUGAACCCGAUUGGGGCUGAUGGCGUCUUCACCGUGUCCAAUCUGCUGAUUACCUCCAUGUUCCCGACCAAGACACAAGGCGUGGCCGGUGGUGUAUUCAACACGAUAUCGCAGACAGGGAAGAGUGUCGGUGUGGCGCUGACUGUUCUGGUGGCAAAUGAAGUAACGCGCAACUCGAAAUAUGCAGACAAGAAGGACCCCCAAGCCUUACUGGUUGGAUAUCACGCUGCGUUCUGGUUCUGUGUUGCUUUGACGGGUUUUAGUCUGGGGAUAAGUAUCUGGGGCCUGAGGAAGAUUGGCAAGGUCGGUCAAAAGUUGGAUUAGAUGAUAACUCAAUUAUUGCUAGACUAGCUAGAACUUGCAUGUAGAAUAGAGCCUUUCUAUCUUG